GCCCCUGCCACAUUAGUCUAAAUCCUCCUGAACAGCAGUAGCAAACACUCCCCCUAGGACAUUGGUUCCAGUCCAGCCCAGGUCCAGACCGUCCUGUUUGCUUCAGUCCCACCUUCCCCAGAACUGGUUCCAAUGCUCCAGAAAUUUGAAUCCCUCCCCCUUGCACCAUUUUUCAAGCCAUGUACUCAUCUGAAAGAUCCUCCUAUUUCUACUCUGACUAGCACGUGGUCCUACUUUUUAGUUUAUCUGCUAACUCCCUAAAUUCAUCCGUUUUUUUUACCUAUAUCAUUGAUACCUGUGUACACCACGACCACUGGCUGUUCACCCUCCCACUUCAGAAUGUCCUGCAGCCGCUGAGGGACAUCCUUGACCCUUGCAUCAGGGAGGCAACAUACCAUCCUGGAGUCUUGUUUGCGGCCGCAGAAAUGCAUAUCACCACCCCUUCCCUUUCUGCCUGUGUAGUCUUUACCUGCGGUGUGGCCAACUCACUGAACGUGCUAUUCACGACUUUCUCAGCAUCAUGGAUGCUCCAGAAUGUAUCCAGUUGCAGCUCCAGCGGCUCAAUGCGGUCUGUCAGAAGCUGCAGCUGGACACACUUCCUGCACACAUAGUCGUCAGGGACACUGGAAGUAUCCCUGUUUUCCCACAAGCUGCAGGAGCAACAAACCACGGGGCCGAUCUCAGCUGUCAUGACCUACCCAAAUAGGUUGCCUCAACUUUUGAAAUGUUCUCCUUCUAAAGGAAAUUACCUGGCCUUACCUCACUUGGAGUGAAGCUCGUCCUCAGCCUCUGCUCUCUGAAGCCUCUGGAGAAAAAGCCUUCCUACUCUGUCUCCCUCUAUUCUUACAGAGACAGGAAGAGCAUCGGGGAAUUGAUGGUCAUUCCAGAUACCAGCUCUCUGCCCAGUCAGGAGAUGAUUUCUCUGUCCAACAUGGGUAGAACCUCACUGUUAAAAACAAGAAGGAAUUUGUCUCCAGGAAGCUCAAACACGGCACUCCAAUUUUCUUGUUUCUGUCUCGAUAUUUAAGAAGUGGAGCAGGAGAUUCAAUUGACCUGCUCAGACUGUGGGGAGGGAUUCACUCAGUCAUUUGACCAACUGGCAAGCCCGUCAUUUUACACAGGAGAAAGGCCUUUCAUCUGCUCAGACAGUGGAAAUGGAUUCACUCGGUUAUCACAAUUGAAGGUACAUCAGCAAGUUCACACUGGGCAAGACCAUUCACCUGUUCAGUGUGUGAGAAAGGAUUCAGUUGGUUUUCCCACCUGUGGACACACCAGUCAGUUCACACCACACUGGGCACAGGCUGGUCAUCUGCUGAAUUUCUGGGAAAGGAUUCACUCAGUCUUCUGACCUAAUGGCUCACCAGCGAGUUCACACCAGGGAGCGGCCGUUCACCUGCUCAGUCUGUGAGAAGAGAUUCACUCACUCUGCCACCCUAUGGAAACACCAGCGAGUUCACACAGGGGAGAAACCAUUCACCUGCUCAGUCUGUGGGAAGGGAUUCACUCAGUCAUCCCCCUUACUGGUACAUCAGCAAGUUCACACCGGGGAGAGGCCGUUCACCUGCUCAGAAUGUGGGAAGAGAUUCACUCGGUUAUCCCACCUACAGAGUCAUCAGAGAGUUCACACUGGGGAGAAGCCAUUCAACUGCUCAGUCUGUGGAACAAGAUUUACUCGGUUAUCCAACCUAGAGAGUCACCAGCGAGUUCACACUGGAGAGAAGCCGUUCACCUGCUCAGUCUGUGGGAAGAGAUUCACUCGGUUAUCCCGCCUACAUAGUCAUCAGCGAGUUCACACUGGGGAGAGGCCGUUCACCUGCUCUGAAUGUGGGAAAGGAUUCACUCAGUCAUCUGACCUACAGAGUCAUCAGCGAGUUCACAGUGGAGAGAGGCUGUUCACCUGCUCAGUCUGUGGGAAAGGAUUCACUCGGUCAUCCAACCUACAGAGUCAUCAGCGAGUUCACACUGGGGAGAGGCCGUUCACCUGCUUAGACUGUGGGAAGAGAUUCACUCAGUUAUCCCACCUACAGAAACACCAGCGAAUUCACACUGGGGAGAAGCCGUUCACCUGCUCAGAAUGUGAGAAGAGAUUCACUGAUUCAUCCUACCUACUGGUGCAUCAGCGAGUUCACACUGGGGAGAAACCGUUCACCUGCUCAGAAUGUGGGAAGAGAUUCACUGACUAUUCCACCCUGCAGAGACAUCAGCGAGUUCACACCAGGGAGAAGCCAUUCACCUGCUCAGAAUGUGGGAAACGUUUCACUGAUUCAUCCUACCUGCAGAGUCAUCAGCGAAUUCACACUGGGGAGAAGCCGUUCACCUGCUUGGUCUGUGGGAAGAGAUUCACUGAUUCAUCCAACCUACAGAGACAUCAGCGAGUUCACACUGGGGAGAAACCAUUCAGCUGCUCAGUCUGCGGGAAGGGAUUCACUGAUUCAUCUACCCUACAGAGUCAUCAGCGAGUUCACACUGGGGAGAAGCCAUUCACCUGCUCAGUCUGUGGAAAGGGAUUCACUCAGUCAUCCAACCUGCUAGUCCACCAGCAAGUUCACACUGGGGAGAGGAUGUGUACAUGCGCAUGGUGCGGGAAGGGAUUCACUACCUCAUCUAAACUGAAGGUACAUCAGAGAGUUCACACUGGGGAAAAGCCGUUCACCAGUCUGUGGGAAGAGAUUCACUGACUCUUCCACCUUACAGAGACAUCAGCGAGUUCACACUGGGGAGAGGCCAUUCACCUGCUCAGUCUGUGGAAAGGGAUUCACUCAGUCAUUCACCCUACAGAAACAUCAGCGAGUUCACACUGUGGAGAGGCCAUUCACCUGCUCAGUCUGUGGGAAGGGAUUCACUCAGUCAUCCACCCUACAGAAACAUCAGCGAGUUCACACUGGGAGAAGCCGUUCACCUGCUCAGAAUGUGGGAUAGGAUUCACUCAGUCAUUCCAACUACUGGAACACCAGUCAGUUCACAAUGGGGAGUGACUGUUGUUAUGAUUCCCUAGGUUUCGUUUGCUGUGGACUGUCAUUUUAAGAGAGAGAGAGAGAUUAAGAAGGCAAAUCAGUCUGACUUGCAGCUUGUUUACUUCGCUCGCAGCUUGUAUAGUUUUAACUGAGGACACAGAGUCAGACGGAGAAGAAGGAGGAAAAUCGAAUGUUGUUGUCACCUUGUUUGAUCCGUAGGAGUGGAUCUGAUUUGGGGUAUCCUGUGAAGACCACUGAUGUGUUAACCCUUGCUGGGUGAAGUGGGGUAAUUCACUGGAAGACGAUACCCCUUGUGACAAGUCACUUUCGGUGAUAAUUCGUAUGUGGAUUUGGAAUGAUGGAUGAAAUCUACAGGAACUGUUCUCGCGUUUUACCACCUUGGAA